AUGAAUUAUAGGACCCGAGAAGACAUGAUCAAUUGUACGAUCAUCAUGGAAUUCUUCCUUAUGGAGUUUUCUAGCAUCCGAGAGCUGCAGGUCUUAAAUGCUAUUCUUUUCUCAUUGAUAUAUAUUGCAGCCCUGAUGGGGAAUGUCCUCACUAUCGCUGCCAUUGUCACUGACCCACACCUUCAUUCUCCAAUGUAUUUUUUUCUGAGCAACUUAUCCCUGUUGGAUCUUGGCUGCAUCUCAGUCACUCUUCCCAAAUUCAUUGUGAAUUCCUUGACAGGCAAUCAAUCCAUUUCUCUCCAUGGCUGUGCUGCUCAGAUUUUCUUCUUCAUCUUCUUUGCUGCAACUGAAUUUGCUUUCCUUGUGGCUAUGUCCUAUGACCGCUUUGUGGCCAUCUGCCACCCCUUGCACUAUGGGGUCACCAUGACACCACUCUGCUCUCUUUGGGUGGUGAGUGGUUCAUGGCUCAGUGGGCUCCUCUAUUCAGCUGUCCAUACUGGGAAUAUAAAAUGCUCCUUCCUGCUCUUGAACUAUGACCCAGAAAAGAUUAUAUGCAAUGGAGUUGCCAAAGAGUGCCUGGUCUUGCAUCCAGUGCUAGAACAGCAGACCCCUGCAGUCUCUUUCAGUUGCCAGGUCCCCUUGCUGUCUUUGGUUUGGGAGCUCCCAAAGCUGCUGCUGCUUCUGUCAUUACGACUUAGCCCUAUCAUCGGUGUUUCAUCCAUGUAG